GGUGCUUCUUGGUGCUUCUCCCGCUGAGAACAAAACAUUCAGGAUUUGUUGUGCCUCAAAAAGCGAUUGAAACCCGUUGGAAAAUGUGAAAAAACGACGUGUGUUCUAUUAAUUCCUCUCCUAAACCCGAUAAAAUUCCGAAGAAUCGUGAAGUGAUCAAUAAAUUCUCGUAAAUAACUUUUAAAACAGUCGCAAAACUGAGUUGUCAACACAAUAGGAGAUCCUCUGCCUCAGCCCAACGUCUCCCCAACCAAUGAAAACCUCUGAAAUCAUCAAAACGUCUUUGAUUGAUUCGUCACCUCUCAAUCAACAAUUGAAUAACUGAACACAUUCGUGUCGUAAACAAUCAGUGAGACCCCCCCAAAAUGUGAGACCUCGAAAAUCCUUAGAAUCGCAAAAGUCAUUUGAACUGAGGCGUCACUGUGCAGUCGACAGUCAUGGAGUCCAGCUCUGUUUUUUUUGUUCUCAAUGCUCAUUAAAUUAUUAACGAAGUGUUUCCCACAAUAGUCGAAGGGUUUACCUACAAAACAGUAAUCAUGGAAGCAUUACUGCCAUCGGAGAUAGCUCGACUGAUCCUCGGUUACUUGGAGGAGGAGAACUGCCCAGAAGUAGCGAAAAUGUUCCUGGAAAGCUCUCCCCUGCUCACGGAAUGCUACACUGUGGCCCAGAGGGGUGGAAAGUUCACGAGGAGAGUGAACGGGAUGACCCUGAUGAACCUCCUCGACAAGUACUGCGCGAUAAGCGCACUGGUGCAGGAGAGACUGAGUAAAAUCGAGGACUGCGAGUCCCUGAAGACCUCGGGAGACCUCUUGGAGCAAUUAAGAUUCCUGAUGGAUGGCUCCAGGGGCCAGAGGUUCGUCGUCAACAUAAACGUGCCCACGCAGAACACGUCUCAGACCUCUGGGGGCUCCCCAAUCAUCUCCAGCAGCAUGAGGAAACGUCGUCACAGUGGUCCAGUCGAUCGAGAUCGUUCCAAAAAGCUUCACAAGUUGAAUUCACCUGUUCUUCGAAGAUCAGAGCCGAAUGUCCACCAGCCAUGUGACACCGUUGAAACGACGUCCCUCGAGCAACUCCCAGGGCACCAGAAUGCCUCAGAAGGUCCAGGAAUCAGUCAGGAGGACGAUCGACGUGUCCAGUGCUCCUCGACGUCGACAGAGCCUUCUUCACUUCCCAAAGACGUCAGUGACAACAUGGAGAUGUGUACGAGUCUCCCAGAGAAGUCCUCCGAGGGGGAUAAUCCUCAGAGGGUGCCUGAUGCCGCCAGUCAGACCUGCGAGACUGGGACAGACACGAAGGAGCUGAUGGCCUUCACGAACACUGAAGUGCAGACAACCCCUUGUGAAGGGUUUGACACUGGUGCAGAGAUGAUUGAUGGGCCUGUUGAGAACCUGAGCUUGCUGACGAAGGAGCUGUUAAAUCGAACAGAAUUGCAAGAGAGGAUAGCACAGACCAUCAACAGGACUCUGAUUCCAUCGGAUGUUUCCCUACGUGACGCUUCAUUCUGCGAGAGCACCUCUGGAGAAUGCAACACAUCCAUAAUGAGGGAGUUGGAUCAUGCGAUCAAGUCGAUUGUCAUUGAGACAGAGACAGACCCAGUGUUCGAGCAGUUCCUCCUGGAGACUAUUGGCCAGGAGAUCGAGGGGGAGAUCAGUCCCGAUGAGGAUGGGGCUUGCAGUCCGAAGGGGCAAGACGUGCAAGGAGGUUCAGGAGAAACUGCCAGCAGUGUUGAUGAGACUCCUGAAAAUGAUCCUGAAGAAGGGAAUCAAGGAGAACCACAGAAUCCAGAAAUCGUUGGAGAUGUUGGGGACAGUGUUCAGGGGCAAGUGAAGGAGUCUCUCCCAUCGAUUUCAACUGAUCCCCCAGUUGAGAAGGAUCUCGCUGCCCUGGACGACGUAAAUGCAGAAGCAAUCCUCAGCAUUAUAAAUGUUAACACGUCGAAGGAGUUGAAUCAAGAAAAGUCGAUUCCAGAACCUGAGAUCCAGGAAAUUCCGCCAGCUCCAGCUGUUCCAGUGGCCCCAGACCCAGAAAUCGUAAUGGAGAGCGGCAUACCUCAGGCAGAGUCGAAACCCAAGAGAAAGAGAGCCCCAAAACAGAAAAAGGAGAAGAAACAUUUGACUCCCAAGAAAGACGUGCCAGAGCACGAGCUGGUGCCAGUGCCAACUCUGAUCAUGUGCUCUCAAGAGGAGAUAGACAGCAUGAAGAUUCCAGUGGUCAGACCCAAAUCCCAGUACGUGCCAAUAAUGCCAAAGACCCCAGGCAUGAUGAUGCAGUCUGACCCCACUCUCUACCUGAGGACUGUCAACGUAGUCAGAUCCAAACCUGCACCUGAAGCCCCACCAUUGCCAUCUUCUCGUAAUCUCCAGUCUCUCAGAGUCCCAGAGCCAGUCGUUACAAACCCUCAUCUCUCUAAAGACCUCGAGAUGAUGCCAGAAUCAUUACGCCUGAGCGAAUCAAUCACCCUUUAUGGUCCAGAGAGUGGUGCAGCUGUGGUGGAGGCAGAUCUCCCAUCAGUCCAGCUGGAGGAGUCUAUGAGCCUCACAGGAACCGGAUUAUCCCCAUUUUUGAAGCUGCACAAAAGACCAGAAGCCCCUCAAGAACCAAAUCCACCCGAAAAUGGAGUGAAUGAGGAGGACAGGAGAUUAAACUGUCAGGCGAACGCUGAUAUCCUGAUGAAGAGAACCCCCAGAUCCAUCAUGAAGAGCAGAUCGAGAAACCACAGGCUGAGCUUGUCAACCCCAAGGAGACGAAGUAGUCACAUACGAGCUCUCGACUUCAACACUCCAACGAAGGGCCUCAAUACCAGCAGAAGACUUAGCGAUGCUGACAAGAGCUGUGGGUUCUCCCCAAAAUCGUCGAAAGGGUUGUCCAAGGCCUGCAGGACUAGUCUCUUCAAGUCUCCGCCCUUCGGGGGUAGCCCUUCGCCCAAGAAGAAAGGGAAGACUCCCAGUAAACUCUGCAAAGGGAAGAUACCGAUAGCCACUAGGAGUCCAGCUCCAAAGUUGAUUGGGGGAUGGGACAAAAUCGCUGGGGUUGGAAUGAUCAUCGACGGGGCCUCCCAGUCCAGUUGUCCAUCUCCAGCGAAGAGCUCUAUCAAUACAACACCUGUACCUGAGAUAAAAAGACCCUGGGAUUCUGAUCUGAGGAUGAAAGUGGCUGCUGACGUCCAGCCAGUGGAGCAGAAUCUACCGAAGAAGAAGGAGAAACCACUGAGGAGACGAAGAAGUCUCAGACAAGGGAGGAACGCUGAUGGGGAGGUCAUUGUCACUGAUGAUGAAGCUGACGGAGUUCCAGCAGCACCAGAUCCUAAGGAGCAACAACUGAGUGGUAAAUCCCCUGGAGAACCCCCAGAGAAACCUAAAGAGGACGAAUCAACAGAUAAAAAACCUGUCGAAGUAGUUGAUGAGGAAUCUGAACAGAUAGAGAUCGAAGUCUCCAAGAAAACCACAGAAAUCAUGACGAAUACUUGUGAAGUUGUGACUGAGCAAGGGGUAACAAAGAAGUACGCGAAGUUGAAGACUCUGACGACGACUGUAACGAAAGUCGAGAGUAAUAAGAGAGGAAAGCCUCAAACCCCAGGGGAGUCCCUUGAGAAGUCUUCAGAAUUCGGGAGAAUUGACCCCUCGAACCUGCUAGACCUGGAGACCCCUCGUAAAUUCGAUCCCAAUCUAGUCCCACCGACUCCGAGAGUCCUCAGUCCCAACAGCAGCAUGACGACCCCCUUCGCACAAAUAAGUGAGGACUCUGGGAAGAUCCAGAGCUUCGUGUCGACCCCAGAGUUCCCACCGACCCCUAGUAUUAAUCUAACCCCUAAACAGUCUAACGAUGGCACAAUGGAUGACGGCAAAAAGAAUUUUGGCUCCAGGUAUUAUCAACCUAGCAACGAGCUGAAGGAGACGAGGAGGAAGAAUCAGACAGGGAAUCCUGUGGCGAUGAUUUUGGAGGAGAGCGUCACAACGAGGAUCAGCACUCAAGGGUUCCAGGCAUCAACAGCUCAGCUGGAGAUCACGCAGUUCGAGGUGAUCAAGGGGAAUUUGCCGAAGGAACAAGCAAUCAAGGAGCUAAAGCUCUCGAGAACUCCUGACACUCAGAUAAAUAAAGAAGGUGCUGAACCUGAAACCCCAGGAGACACCCCAAGCAAAUCGUCGAAGACGCUGGAGAGCAGUGGAACAGCUGACGAUUCGUCAGACAGUGACAGUGACACAUCCUCAUCAUCAUCAGGCUCUUCGUCCUCCUGCUCCAGUUGUGACACCACCAACACUUCAUCGAAGUUGUCGACGAGUAGAAAGUCCAGGAAGACCCCCCACAAAGUUGACGACAGCCACGACUUGACUCAAGAAUCUCCAUCAAUUCUUGAAAAUCAAGUAAAAUCUGGGGUUGACGAACCGAUGAGGAAAGCUGAGGUGUCGCCAGAGGACUCAUCGAAGGAGAACAUCGACUCCCAGAAGAUGAACGAGGAAUCGCCCACGAAGGUGAUCCCCAUCGCCAAAACAGAGGACACCCUCAAGGCGAUUGACCUCGAAACCCCAGCCAAAGACGAGGGACUGCUGCCAGAAGCCGAUAUCUCAGAGACCCCCAGCAGCUCAAAGGCAGGAAUCGAGAGCCUGACAAACUUGAACUCAAAGAUAUCAGCAAUUAUCAAAGAAGACGCAAAGCCCCGACUGUCAAGCUCACUCGUAUCAAAACCAGUACCGAAGAUUGUCUCCGUGCAGAACUUCUCGUCAGCAGUGAAGCUGAGAAUAAUGACAGAAGAAGAAUCGGACAAGACCUUCAUGGACGCUAAACUGGCGAGGGAGCUCGACGAGAAGCGUCUCCGAAUGAUCAAUAAGAUAAAAUCAGACAAUGCCCCAAGAACAAGAGGCAGUCGAACGAGGGAAAACGUCAAAGGAAGGACCCAGGAGCCUGUUCCCCCUGCAGUGAGACCCCAACAGCACCCAGAAGACCCACCGAUGAAGCCAGAGAAAUCUCAGCCCCUGAGGAAGUCCAUGAGGAACGUUCAGAAAAGAGCGAAGAGAGGACUGAGUGAGCCCACAGAAACCACAACAUCUGAGAAGAUAGAACCCCCGAGGAAGGCGCAAUCCUCAAGGGACUCCAGUGGAAAUGACGAUGAGAACCUCGAGAUGAUGAUUCUCCCAGCAAUAAAUCCUCCAAUCAAUCCCCCAGCGCCCGAUAAACUCGACCCGAUACUCCCAAAGGAUGAAGAGAAACUGGAAGACCAAAACAGCAAAAAAGAAAAAGAUCUGAUUGUCGACGACAAGAGAGAGGAGACGAAGGUGAAAUCGAAGGUGGACCUGGUGAAGCGAGAUUUAUUCAGUGACGAAGAGAACACCGAUGGCAAGCCAGCAGACUCAAAGCCCAGAAAAUUACCAGAAGCUCAAAAAGUCGAGAGUGCUGACUCUGCAGAAUCGAAGCAGCAGAAUGGAGAGUCUGGGGAGCUUCCAGGUGUCCUCGAGAGUCUCCAGCUAGUCCCCACGAACAAGAGCUUCGAGGAGGCAGACCUGGACGUCGGGACGUACGAGCACAUAGAGAUCUCCUUCGUAUACGACGAAAAUCAGCCGAGAAGAAAGAGAAAGAAGAAACUGAGCUCCUCAGACCUGGAGAUGAGAGUGCAGGUGUACACUUGCACUGGGGAGGUUGUCUGGAAGAAUAUGACGAGCACUCCACACGAGGAGAUCUUCAACCUGAAUCCUCCCAGGAAGAAGAGGGUCAAUCCACCGAAGUCGAAGGUGACUAAGGAGAAACCUGUGACGACAGUGGUAGCUCCCAAGAGAAAGGGAAAGCCACAACUGAAGAACAGUGAGUCUGUGGUCUCGGAGAUCAAGAGUCAGCCUCUGGCCACGUCGUCCCCUGUGAGCAAGGAGGAGCCCUCGAAGACCGGGGAGAAGGUGAAAGCUGGAGGUAAAAGCAAACCGGAGGAUAAAGCCUCGAAGCCUAGAAAGAGGAAGCAAUCAGAGGGCAGGGACGAUCACGUGGAGAAGAAGCCUCGAACGACCGAUCCUGCAGCUCUCCUCAGUGGAGUAAAUAUCAAUAAACUUCUUAAUGUAGUCCACGGAUCAGAGUCGUAGGGCAAUCGGGGGGUCAUGAAGGAUGUAAAGCCAGGGGAGAUGCGUCAAACAGUGCAAAGGAUGUACUAGAACUAGAUCUUUGUGAAAGUGGUUAUUUCAUUACGAUGAAGAAAUGCUGAGCAUUUGUGUUUCAUAAUCUCAACCACGUGUUUAAAGUAGUUAACUUUUAAAGUAUGAAGUAUUAUUGCCUAAUGCUGGUGAAGACUGACUAAGUGGCAACCUGCUGGGUCACGUUGUGUAUUGUACAGAAAAAAAGUGUUGAAGUUACUUAUUUCUGCAUAACUGACUAUUUUUAUGAUAGGUAAAUAUCAGAUGUAGUGAGUGAUAAUUUAACUAUUAACGUUUUUUAUACGAGAAAAAUAAAAUACAUACCUGAUCAUGGGAGUAUUUAAUUCGAUUUCAUCAGCAGAUAGUAAUUAUUGAUAUUUAUUAAUUAUUGAGGGUAACCAAGAAUUUGGGAAAUCGAUGGAAAUUCAGCUUUCUAUUUAUUUAUUAAAUACCUUCAUUACUCACGUUUUCCAAAAGGCGAGAAAAAAUCGGAGGAAAAAUUAUAGACUACAUUAGUCAUUUAUGAAUUACGAAUAGAGGAUUGAAAAUAAAUUCGAGUAAUUAACCAAAAUUUAGGUAUUUAUUUUCAUUACAUGUUGAAUUUAUUACAAACGUGAAAGUUCAUGAUUAUAUCAUGAAAAAAUGAACAUAAAGUAAUGGAAGAAAAUGUAAACUAACGAACAUAUUCAUUAGUUCCCUGACUUGAUCUUGACGACGUCCUCAACCUCGUUGAUGAUCGUCAUGAGCUCGGUGAAUUGUGGAAGGCCCAUU